AUGCCGCUUUCGCUGCCUGUAAUUUUUCUCCUACAGACACAUUUGAAGCCUACAGAGUUGCACGAGCUGGAAGAAAGUAUUCCAACUCUGACAUAUGAUGUCAAUGAAGCGGAAGUAGUGCUGGGCAAAGUCUCCCGCAAGCAGCGUGCUCAGUUUGAAUUGCGCCGUUUGAAGCUAGAGACGGAACCCGUCCGAAACGGUGCAACAGGGGAUGGAUUUGUCGAGAAUGAUGGAUUUGAUGGGCGGUACUCUAAGCGCCGGAAGCUAGAGUCGCCCAGGUCGAAUGUCGAAACAGACAGCUCUCUCGUGCGAGUCCUGAAUCUAUCAUGGCUCACGGAUUCUAUGGAGAAAGGUGAACUUUUGCCAAUGUCCGGUUAUAUUGUCUAUGAGGGAAGGAAAAGAGGACACAUCACAUCGAAACUCGUCAACGGCCAGACCGAUUCGGACAGCAGAACAACCAGUGAUAUCCUGGAGCGCGCCGCAGAUGACAAGACAGAGUUGGACAAUCAGUUGACUCCACGGCAAAAAGGAAAGAAGAACGCAGAGGGUGAUAAAAUAGGAGUUCGAGCCUAUUCGACAUCCAUAGCCUCAAUAGCGGCGUAUCCUUACCAGAUACAGAGCCCUCAAGAAGUCUCUCGCCUGCCUGGUUGCGGCAAUAAGAUUGCCGUACUCUAUCAAGAGUGGCAUACUUCGGGUCAAACUGAGGAGAUGCGAGCGUCUGAAGCGGACCCAAAAGUAGGCGUGCUGAGAACAUUUUACAACAUUUGGGGGGUAGGCGAUACAAAUGCAAGAGACUUCUAUCUAAAAGGAUGGCGGGACCUGGACGACAUUGUGGAAUAUGGUUGGCGAUCGCUCAGCCGUGUUCAACAGAUCGGAGUCAAGUACUAUGAGGAAUUUAAGAAGAAGAUUGAUCGCACAGAGGUCGCUAGAAUAGCCAAUGUCAUCAUGGACCAUGCGCAUCGAUUGGACUCAGGCUAUGAGAUGGUCAUUGUGGGUGGUUACCGGAGAGGGAGGGAAGAAAGUGGAGAUGUCGAUAUCAUCUUGACACACAGAGAUGAAUCUAAGACAUUGAAACUUGUCGAGAUGCUCGUUUUGAGUCUCGAGAAGGACAGCUACAUUACACACACGCUGAGCCUGUCAACAAGAAACAGCGAGCGAGGGCAAGUGCCGCUUCCGUGGAAAGGCGAAGGCAGCAGUUGGGGCACAGGAUUUGACACACUUGACAAGGCAAUGGUCGUCUGGCUGGAUCCAAAUGAUGCCGAUGCGCUGCACCGACGUGUCGAUAUUAUUGUAAGCCCGUGGAAGACGAUUGGAUGUGCCGUUCUGGGCUGGAGUGGCGAGACAACGUUUCAAAGAGACCUCCGACGAUACUGUAAGAAGGAAAUGGGGCUCAAAUUUGAUAGCAGUGGUAUUCGCAACAGAGCUGACGGCAGUUGGGUUGACUUGGAGCGCGGUAAUGCGAGUGCUGGUAACGCGGAGGAGGCCGAGAGACGAGUGUUUGAAGGUUUAAACAUUCCUUGGCGACCUCCAUGGGAGCGAUGCACGGGCUAG